AUGGCACACAACCUGUCAGACAUUUUGAAGGAUGCUUCCGUAGACUUGACUCCGUACGAGGAUCUCUACAAGCAUUUCCACGCCCAUCCCGAACUUUCACUGCAAGAAGAAUCUACCUCUCAAAAGGUCGCAGCCCAUCUGUCCCAGUUGAACGCUUAUGAGAUCCACACCAAUAUCGGCGGCUAUGGCCUCGCAGGUGUCCUCAGGAAUGGCGCCGGCAAGACCGUCCUUCUGCGAGCUGAUAUGGACGCACUCCCCGUCAAGGAACUCACUGGACUCCCGUACGCGAGCACGGUUACUAUGCGUGACGCCGACGGCGUCGAAAAACCAGUGAUGCAUGCCUGUGGACAUGAUAUGCACAUGACAUGCCUACUUGCAGCGGCUGAGACUCUUGCGAACAUGCAGCAUGCGUGGAGCGGAACGCUGAUCGUGCUGUUUCAGCCCAAUGAGGAACGGGGCGGUGGCGCGCAGGCUAUGGUAGACGAUGGACUUUAUUCCAAGAUCCCAGUCCCCGAUUAUGUCUUUGGCCAGCACGUCAUGCGCAUGCGGGCAGGAAGCGUUGGCUGCCGGCCUGGAACCAUCAUGGCUGCUGCCGAUAGUCUUAAAGUUACCGUCUAUGGGCGCGGCGGCCAUGGAUCCCUGCCGCAUCAGACUGUCGAUCCGGCACUUCUGGCUGCGCAUAUUGUUGUCAGACUGCAGGGUAUCGUGAGCAGAGAGAUUGAUCCCAGCGACCUCGCGGUCGUGACUGUCGGAAGCCUGCAAGCGGGGCAGACGGAGAAUAUCAUUGCGGAUCGGGCCGAGAUUGGGCUUGACUUUCGGACUGUCAAGCUGGAGACCAGGCAGAAGAUUCUUUCUGCUGUUCAGCGCAUUGUGGAGGCCGAGUGCAUGGCUAGUGGCUCCCC